GUGGGAACCGAAAGUUCCCCCCACCAAUUUUGCUCUCUCAAUUCUCUCAAGAACAGCUUUCAAAAUCACCGAUUUUGCAAAAUCCAACCGUCCGAUCGUCGAUCCGACCACGUUUUCACGGUGAAAGUGACCUCGAUCUACAAGUAGCUGCUAUACAUUAGGUUGCACAAGGACAAUAUGUCUGGUAUGGAGGAUGUCAAAGAUCAAGAACGUGUGGUUGAAGAUGUCCCAGAUGACUCCGAAAAGGCCGUGCCAUCAUCCCAAGAGGAGGACGAAGCCGUGAAGAAGAAGUAUGGAGGAAUUAUGCCCAAGAAACCACCACUGAUAUCUAAGGACCAUGAACGGGCUUACUUUGACUCUGCUGAUUGGGCUCUGGGAAAGCAAGGCGGUGAGAAGCCCAAGGGACCCCUUGAGAAACUUCGACCAAAGUUACAGCCAACACAGCAGCAAACACGAUACCGGAAAUCGCCUUAUGCGCCAUCAGAUGGCGAAGGAGGGAAUGCUUCACCGGAGGAUACAGCUGCAAAUGAAUGAGAGGCCGGAUGUGAGUCCAUUGAUCUUUGCCUUGCGAACAUUAUUGAUGAUUCGUCAUUAUAUCAGAAUAGAGAUUAUGAGAGUGCAUUCCUGUUGUUUCAAUAAAUUUGGCAAAAAGUUUUUAAUGUUUGGGGGAAGGAAAACAAUCGACUGUAGCUCUGCAACUGUACUUUGGACAGUUAGCUAAACCUUCUUGCUCCUUUCCCUACCGAGGGAGAAUGGAUGUCUCCUGGUUUAUGAGCAGAGAACUUA